AUGGCGGUGAACACAGCGUCGACGAUGAUGAAGGGAGACGAACUCGGAGCUUCUCUGAAGCUUCGAGAGAAUCAGUUAGCGCUUCUUGGAAGCGAGAGCAGUUGGAGUCCCAUAAAAAACAUCAAUGAUCCAUAUGUGAUUGAAAUCGCCCGGUUCGCAGUCGCAGUGUACAACAAGCUAAAAGGAGAAAAAUUGGAGUUUGAGAAACUUAUCAAGGGUGAAUCACAUGUUGUCGCCGGGACCAAAUACCGCCUCACUCUUUCUGCCAAAAGUGGUUCAUCUUCUAACAAUUAUGAAGCCAUUGUGUGGGAUCAUCCAUUGGUGUACUUUAGGAAUCUCACAUCCUUUAAACGUGCUUGA